AGCUUCUUGCACGUGCACAAAGACAAGCACAGUGAAGUCUGACACGUAAAGAAUGCAAGUGGGUGGGAGAGUUUUGUCCUAGUCGUCAAAUAAACUUCUCCUUUCUCUCGCCAAGAGCCACAAAGAGCAUACCUUUAAUGGCGGUUGAAGUUUUUCUCAGGAAGCUGCCUCCAUUCCAACCUUCUUCAUUUAGCUUAGACUUGGUGUGAAAGCAGAUGGGAACAGAAGUAUUUAUUCUCACCCACUUCGUCACAUCUCAGGCCUUCUGAUAAACUGGUCAACGAUCCCUAUUCCGUAACUAACAAUAGUAUGGUCUUUUAAGGUUUAGCCACAUUCCUUUUCAAGGUUAGCGCUUGAGAUGGUGGACUUUGUCCAACUUAUCCUAUCCGAUAUAUAAGCCUCGCGUUGUAUAAUUUUCAUGAAAAACUUGCUUUUGAACUCGUACUGAUGAUGUUGAUGAUUUUUUGGUGGCUGUGCAUGCUUGUGUUCGAUGAAAGUCCUCAGAGGACAGCCUUGGCCUUGUCUGUAAAUGAGAUACAUAGGCUGGCCUUGCUGUCCAUCAAGGACCAAAUAACCCAUGAUCCUAUGCUAGUUACAAGCUCAUGGAACGAUUCUCUCCAUUUCUGCGAGUGGAGAGGUGUUUCUUGUGGGCAAGAAGAACAAAGAGUCACCAGCUUGAACUUGAGGGACUCCAAUUUGGCAGGCACUAUAUCUCCUUCCAUUGGUAACCUUUCUUUCCUCACAUCUCUUUAUCUCUCAAACAACAGCUUCCAGGGUGAGAUUCCAAGCGAAAUUGGGAUGCUAUCCAGGCUGCAGUUUCUGGACUUGAACAGUAACUUGUUGGAAGGAUUGGUUCCAGUGAGCCUUUCAAGCUGCCAUAGCUUGAGAAACCUUAGCUUAGAUAACAACAGGUUCAUAGGAAGUAUUCCCAAAGAGCUUGGUUCGUUGUCACAGUUAGUGAAUCUUUUCAUUGGCUCCAACAACUUGACAGGAUCAAUUCCACCCUCUUUUGGAAAUCUCUCUUCUCUUGAAAUGUUCUCUGCAGAGAAGAAUAUGCUGGAGGGAAGUAUUCCAGACUCUCUAGGCACCCUGAAAAGCUUGAAAUUUCUUUCACUUAAGGUAAAUGGACUCUCAGGUAUUAUUCCUCCAUCUCUCUAUAAUGUCUCAUCAAUGACUAAAUUCUGGGUAGAGGAUAAUGAACUUGAGGGAAGUCUUCCUCAAGAUUUAGGCCUGAGUUGGCCAAAUAUUCAAAUAAUUAGUGCUUGGGGAAACCAACUCACGGGAUCAGUUCCAGUUUCAAUAUCGAAUGUUUCAAGCCUGGAAGUUCUUGAUUUAUCAUACAACAUGCUUUCUUCCAGAGUGGCUGUUAAUUUUGGGAAGCACAAGAAUCUCUGGUGGCUGGGUUUGGCUGAGAGUGGUCUGGGAACUGGGGAUGCCAAUGACCUUGAUUUCAUUUCCACUUUGGUCAACUGUAGCAAACUGACUCAAUUGAGUUUAGGGAAUAAUAGCUUUGGAGGUGCUUUGCCAAACUCCAUUGCCAACCUCUCAACCGAACUCCAGGUUUUCUCAGUUCAUUCAAACCAGAUAGUUGGAGACAUUCCCGCAGAUAUUGGAAAUCUGGUGGGCUUAAACACUCUAGAUCUGCACUCUAAUAAAUUGGAAGGACCAAUUCCAGCCUCAAUUGGCAAGCUAUCCAGGCUGCAAUUUCUGUACUUGAACAGUAACUUGUUGGGAGGAUUGAUUCCCCUGAAUUUUUCAAGCUGCCACAGCUUGAUAAACCUAAGCUUAGAUAACAACAAUCUUGUAGGAAGUAUUCCCGAAGAGCUCAGUUCGUUGUCACAGUUGGUAAAUCUUUUCAUUGGCUCCAAUAAUUUGACAGGAUCAAUCCCACCUUCUUUUGGGAACCUCUCCUUUCUUGAAAUGUUCUCUGCUGAACAGAACAAGCUGGAGGGAAGUAUUCCAGAUUCACUUGGCAGCCUGAAAAGCUUGACAUUUCUUUCGCUCAAGGUAAAUAAACUAUCAGGUAAUAUUCCUCCAUCUCUCUAUAAUCUCUCAUCAAUGACUAAAUUCUGGGUAGAAGAUAACGAACUUGAAGGAAGUCUUCCUCAAGAUUUAGGCCUGAGUUGGCCAAAUAUUCAAAUAAUUAGUGCUUGGGGAAAUCAAUUCACUGGAUCAGUUCCAGUUUCAAUAUCGAAUGUUUCAAGCCUGGAAGUUCUCGAUUUAUCAUAUAACAAGCUUUCUUCGAGAGUGGCUGUUAAUUUUGGGAAGCACAAGAAUCUCUGGUGGCUGGCUUUGGCUGAGAGUGGCCUGGGAACCGGGGACGAUGACGACCUUGAUUUCAUCUCCACUUUGGUCAAUUGUAGCCAACUGAGACAACUGAGUUUAGGGAAUAAUAGCUUUGGAGGUGCUUUGCCAAACUCCAUUGCGAACCUCUCAACCCAACUCCAGGUUUUAUCAAUCCAUUCAAACCAGAUAGUUGGAAACAUUCCUGCAGAUAUUGGAAAUCUGGUAGGCUUAAACACUUUAGAUGUGCACUCUAAUCAACUGGCAGGACCUAUUCCAACCUCCAUUGGUAGACUUCAUAAGCUUCAAGAAUUGGGUUUUGGUAAAAACAAAUUUUCUGGUCAAAUUCCUUCCUCUAUUGGAAAUUUAACCCUCUUGAACCAGAUUUGGUUGGAACAAAAUGAUUUCCAGGGAAGCAUACCUCCAAGUAUUGGAAAUUGCAAAAAUUUGCUACUACUGCACCUUUAUGGUAAUAAUUUGAGUGGCACCAUACCCAGAGAAGUUGUUGGUCUCUCAUCUUUAUCAAAGUCUCUGGACUUGUCUGGAAACUCUCUUACUGAUUCUCUUCCUCGAGAAAUUGGAAGCUUGAGAAAUCUUGUUGAACUAAAUCUUUCUUAUAACCAGUUAUCCGGUAAAAUUCCUAGCAACCUUGGCAGUUGCUCGAGUCUGACGCUCCUAUAUCUGGACCACAAUUCAUUAGAGGGAGCUAUUCCAGAGUCAUUGAGUUCUCUCAGGGGAAUUGAAGAACUAGACCUGUCACAAAAUAAGCUUUCUGGUGAAAUUCCAGAGGUUUUCAGAACCUUUACUUUUUUGAGGAAGUUAAACCUUUCUUUCAAUGAUCUUGAAGGAGAGGUACCGGUAAGAGGAGUCUUCACAAAUGCAAGUGCAAUUUCAGUUUCAGGAAAUAACAAGCUCUGUGGGGGUAUAUCUGCAUUACAGUUGCAAGCAUGUGCUUCUAGGAAACCAAGAAAGAACAGAGGGAUUCUAAUUACUUCCAUAGCUUGUGUUGUUCUGGCUAUCGUUUUGGCAGUGUUUCUUUUUGUUUGUUGGCUUAGAAAGAGAAGAAAGCAACCUGCUGUGGAAUAUCCUCUGAUGGAUUCCCCUAUCAGUAUGUCAUACGGACAACUCCUAAAAGCAACAAACGGUUUCUCCACAGCCAACUUGAUUGGUACAGGAGGAUCUGGUUCAGUAUACAAGGGAAUUGUUGAUCCAAAUGAAAAGGCUAUUGCAGUUAAGGUACUGCAUGGACAAAACAGAGGAGCUUCAAAGAGUUUCAUGGCAGAAUGCAAAGCUCUGAGGAACAUCCGGCAUCGAAAUCUUCUCAAGAUUAUAAGUGCUUGUGCAAGCAUUGAUUUCCAAGGGAACGACUUCAAAGCCCUGAUCUAUGAGUUCAUGGAAAAUGGGAGUCUUGACAGUUGGUUACAUCCUGUUCCACAAGCAGAUGCUGAAGAUAAGCAACUGAGAAGUUUGAACCUUCUUCAGCGAUUACAGAUUGCAACUGAUGUGGCUUCUGCUUUGGAUUACCUUCAUAACCAGUGCCACGAGCAGAUUAUACAUUGUGAUAUAAAGCCUAGCAAUAUUCUUCUCGAUAGUGACAUGACUGCUCACGUGGGUGAUUUUGGUUUAGCAAGGUUCCUACAUCAACGUGACAAUGAACUUUCUAGGGGCCAAAUAAGCUCCAUCGGGGUAAGAGGAACUAUUGGAUAUACAGCACCAGAAUAUGGCAUGGGGAGUGAGUUGUCCACCAGUGGUGAUGUAUACAGCUAUGGGAUCCUCUUGUUGGAACUGUUCACUGGAAGAAGACCCACCGAUGACAGGUUUAAAGACAAUUUCAACCUGCACAAACUAGCCAAGAUGGCUUUGACAGGAAGAAUGAUGGAAAUCGUCGAUCCAAUACUCCUAUUGGGUGCAGAAGAUGAAGGAGAAAGCGAAAGCUCUGGGCCACAGAUGAACGUGGGGAAGAUCCAUGAGGCCUCAGUUUGGAUUCUCAAAAUUGGAAUUGCAUGCUCUGAGGAGUCUUCCAGAGAACGUAUAAACAUUGCCGAUGCGGUUGCGGAACUACAUCUAGUUAAGGACAUGAUACUUGAAAAUAGAGGGUAAACUUGGUGUCAUUUAUGUGAAUCCAAUCAAAUAUUCUUGUUUAAUGUUUACAA